UUCUUGUUAUUUACUGCUCUACUGGACAACAUGGCUGCGCCCAUAAAAUAAUUUUUUGAAAUUGUCACUUUCUAGAAUUUACGAUUUUAUUUUAGACAAAAGAUUUGUUAUAUCGACUAAUUAUGUCUGCCAAACCACUUAAAGUCUUGGCUUGUGGUGAUGUGGAAGGAAGAUUUACCCAGAUUUUUAACAGAGUCUCAGCAAUUCAGAAAAAAAGUGGUCCUUUUGAUCUUUUACUUUGUGUGGGUGAUUUUUUUGGAAAUAAUGAAACAGAAUGGCAGGAUUACAAAUCUGGAAAAUUAAAAGUUCCCAUAGCAACACUGAUUCUUGGUGCUACAAAUGACAGGCAGGCAUCAUAUUAUACAGAAGAUGGACAGGAGAUGUGUGAAAAUGUCACAUACUUAGGUAAAAAAGGAACAUACACAGAGAGUUCUGGACUUCAGAUAGCGUAUCUAAGUGGAUUGGAAAGUAGUUCUGAAGAGGGAGAUAACUCUCAUUUUGGUAGAAAAGAUACAACAGGUUUGACGUUGCCAGUCAUAGCAGACACCAAAUAUAAAGGAGUUGAUAUAUUGAUAACAUCACAGUGGCCUAAAAAUGUUCAAAAAUAUGCUUCUGCAAUUGAAGGGAUUGAAGAUGGGGAUCAACUGGGGUCAGAAGCAGUAGCAGAAGUAGCCAGAAUAUUACAACCUCGCUAUCAUUUUGCUGGGUUAUCAGGCAUCUUCUAUGAACGACAACCAUAUAGAAAUCAUAAAGUAAUAGCUGAAAGUUCACGGCAUGCAACACGUUUUAUUGGGUUAGCUAAAGUUGGAAACAAAGAGAAGAAAAAGUUUCUCUACGCUUUUAAUGUUGUGCCACUGAAUAAAAUGGAAUCUGCUGAAUUAAAUAAACCUCCUCAAGAUUCGACAGAAUGUCCCUUUCCUUUGUCAAGAUUUUGGUCCUCAAAUCAGAUAGCCGAUACAGAAACCCAAUUUUUCUACAACAUGUCUGGUAAAAACAAACAAGGAAACAAGCACAAGUCAGAUUUUAAGGAUGGUGGUGAUCGAAAAAAACAGAAAAAACAACCUCAAGCAACAGGUCCUUGUUGGUUUUGUUUAGGAAGUCCAGAAGUAGAGAAACAUCUAGUUGUUAGUGUAGGAACAGAGUGUUAUGUGGCAUUAGCAAAGGGUGGUCUGGUACCAGAACAUGUUUUAAUCUUACCAAUUGGUCAUCAUCAAUCAACUGUUUCUUCACCACAAGAUGUACGAGAUGAAAUAGAUCAAUACAAAUCUUGUUUAAAGAAAUGUUUUAAAGAUCAAGGGAAAGGUGUUGUUUUCUUUGAAAGGAAUUUUAGAACACAGCAUUUACAAAUACAGGUUGUACCAAUAGGGGGCAGUGCUAUUCAGGAAGUCAAAGAUACCUUCAUGGAAUGUGCUGAAAGUGAAAGCAUUUCACUUGAUGAGAUUCCAAAACAUUCAGAUUUAAAACAAAUUAUUCCUGUUGGUGUUCCAUAUUUCUAUGCUGAACUACCUCUAGGAGAUAAGCUUCUGCAUCGAAUCUCAAAGAAUUUCCCAUUACAGUUUGGGAGGGAAGUGUUAUGUGAAUCUGGUGUAUUGAACAUGCCGGAACGGGCCGAUUGGAAGAACUGUAAAAUCAGCAAAGAAGAUGAGACUACAAUGACAGCAGACUUUAAAGCUAUGUUCAAACCAUAUGACUUUAGUUUAUUAUGAUAGUUUAUCUUGUCGAUGUUAAAAUGGAAAUAGUGGAUAAAAAGCUGAGGGUAUGAAUUAUCAGUUUCAAGAAUGAUUUGAUACUAUGGAAUGAAGACAACCAUCAAAAGCUUAUUUUCAAAUGAAACGAAAGUAGAGUGAAAAUAUUCAUACCCCAUAUUGCAAACCAGUCCUAGAUCUCUGGUUGGCUAAUCUAAGAAAAGCAAUUGUCAUGUAUCUUACUUGACUAAUAAGUUUGUGCUAGAGACUAUUGUGUCCAGUUGAUCAUCUAAUUAAACUUUUUAUCAUACAAAUCAUACUUUCUAAAAAAAAAAAUUAUCAUAAGUCAUUCAUGUCUCAUUUAUUUUCAAUUUUAAAAGGAAACAUUGACAGGUCACGUCAAUAAGUGACAUGGAAAAUCCCACAGAAUAUCUGAUUUCUGCUUCCUCUGUUCAGUCUAUUUAUUGAAAAAAAGACAAACUGGUCAAUUUAGUUCAGUACCGUUAUAUAUCUAGUAUUUCUAAAGACUGAAAACCAGUUUAAUGUUUUAUUUGUACUGUUCAUUGGAUUCUCUGCAUCAUUUUUACAUACAUGUAAUUUUUGCUUUUAUCAACAGAGCAAGUAUUUCAAAAUCAAAUUUGUAAUAUGGUACAAUGUUAUUUUAUUUUUUAAUUCCAGUCGAGAAAAUUUCUGAGUACAUUUUAACUCACACUAUUUUAAUAAAAGAUGUUAUAUUUUUAUGAAAACUCAAUUUGUAUAUAAAAAAAUACAA